AUGUCUUCGCUCAGUGAUCAAAGCCAUUUAGAUUUAAUACUGUGCCGGGUGGCAGGUUACCUUUGUGAAAGCAAUUUAACAAAAGAUGAGUAUGGCGACUCGUUAUUUGACGUCACAGGUUACCCUUUGACAGGUGAUUUACCCCUGCUUAAUCGAAAAAUAUUCCGAGGCAAGCGAGUUAAUAUAAGAGAACACCCGUACAUUGUCAGUGUUCGUCGACACAACUGUCACUAUUUAACUGGCAGUUUGAUUACAAAAAAUCUAGUUAUCACUGUGGCGCGUCCUAUUGUCGGCGUUCCAGUUCAACAAUUGAAAAUAGUUGUUGGAGAAAACUAUUCAGACAGAGGAACGUCGCUUUUGACUGUCAUACUAGUUGUGGUUCACCAGGACUUUAAUCCGUUUACCCUCGUCGCUGACCUCGCCAUGAUUAGGUUUUAUGAAGAUAUCACAUUUAAGUCGUCUAUAAAGAGUAUUUCGCUAAUAACACCCAACUUGCAGCUUUCUAACAAAACAGCCUUUGUUACCGGGUGGGGCAGGUGUGAUUUAACGGGUAAAGAGCUGUGUCUACCGCGCUCAUCGGCCAUGUUUCCGGAUGAAUUGAUAGAUCCAAUGUUGAGAUCAAUCUCGUUUACUAUAACAUCGCCAAAUUUGUACUGCGAUGGAUAUAAAAAUCAUGGGACAGAAGUGCGCACAGGUAUGUUGUGUACUGGAUCAGCUCGAGAAGAAAACCCAUCGUCUUCGUGUUUGGCUGUUCCGGGCGCUCCACUCGCAGUCAAUGCCAAAUUGGUUGGCUUGAUGUCUUGGGGUUUCGGUUGCGGUUACCUGCACGACCUACCUCUCAUCUACACGAGUAUCCAGCAUUAUACAAUAUGGAUAGCACAAAAUGUAAAGUUAUUUCGAGAACUAACUAAAGAUCACGUCAGCGAACUCUUUGAAGCGACAAAAUCCUUUGCAAUUUUGGAAUGGCUGGAGAGUACAAGAGUUAUAAAACCAAAACAUCACGAUCAUGGAAACAAUUAUAAAGAUUUACAUCCAUUGGAAAUUGACCAGACACUGUCACAAUUACAAGGAAAUUUGUACGACAUUAGAGACUUUAUCAAGGAGGAAAAUCUUUUUUUGAAAAAAAAGUUAAUGUACCAAGUUAUUCAGAAAGCCCAAAAUAAAAGUAGAAAUUAUAAAAAUAAAUUGGAGGAGAAUAAGAUUAAAUUUCAGAAAUUGAGAGGCCGUCCGUUUAUGAACAAGUCUUUAUUACUCAGCGAUACAGGUAUAUGGAAUGAAAAUGUUAAUGAGGAUAGUGAUUAUUAA